UGUCGGUCUUCUUUUUCCCCCCCCUCAGCAGUUUCAACCGUACAAUCGCCGACGAACCCGCGGGAGUCUCCCGCCGCACCUUCCGUUCCCUUCUAACUCGGAUCAUGAUCCCAAUUCCCCCCGUUUAAUUCCAAAUUUUCUCUCUCGUCUCUGUUCCUUUCGGCAAUUUUUCUCCCGCACUCUGUUCAGAAUUCCCCAAUUUCUCUGUUUUGAUCUCGCCGGUUGUAAUUCACGAUGGACGGAGGAGGAAAUGAGAACAAAAUCGAGGACGAAGACAAACAGGCGCUGGCCGCCUUGAGCUCCGUCCCGAGCCCUCACCGCGCCAAAGUCCAUUCCUACAGCCAGCAGCUUCGCGGCGAGAAGAAGCCGUACCGCCAGGGCCGGAAGCACAGCCUCGACGGCAUUCCCGCCGGCGGGAGCCGUCCCCUCUCUUCUUCCGACGAUGAAUUCUCCAAUUACUCGCUCGACGAAGAGGAAGGCGCACUCGAUCUGAAGCCGUUCACUCCGCUCAGCGAAUUCGUCGCAGCCGUAUCCCCUGCCGCGGCCGGGAGCUCCAGUCCCGGCCCCGGCGGCGGAUCCGGAUCCGGAUCCGUGUCCGGAGGAAAAGGAGAGGCGAUUUUCAAGGUGCCGACGAGGGCCGCCGUGCACCCGGGACGGCCGCCGUGCCUCGAGCUCCGGCCGCAUCCGUUGAGGGAGACGCAGGUGGGGAAAUUCCUGAGGAACAUUGCGUGUACGGAGACGCAGCUGUGGGCCGGGCAGGAGAGCGGGGUCCGGUUCUGGAGGUUCGACCGGAUUUACGACCCAGGUUGUGGGCUGGGCGGGAAGGUCAGGAGAGGGGACGAGGAUGCGGCGCCGUUUCAGGAGUCGGCGUCCACGUCGCCCACGUUUUGUUUGAUGGUGGAUGCGGCGAAUGGGUUGGUUUGGAGCGGGCAUAAGGACGGGAAGAUUCGGUCGUGGAAGACGGAUCAGUAUAGCGCUCCACCUGCUGCCGCGGCGGCGGCAGGGGACCAAGAAGCGGUGGAUGGUGGUGGUGGUGGUCAGCCGCCGCAGCAGGUGGAUGCUGCGGCGAAUGCUCCGUUUAAGGAAGGGCUGUCUUGGCAGGCGCAUAAAGGGCCUGUUCUUUCCAUGGUCAUGAGUUCCUAUGGGGAUUUAUGGUCGGGAUCGGAAGGAGGAGUGAUAAAGAUCUGGCCAUGGGAGAGCAUCGAGAAAUCCCUGUCCCUCAAAUCCGAAGAAAAGCGGAUGGCCGCCUUGCUCGUGGAGCGAUCGGCCAUCGACCUGAGAAGCCAGGUCACGGUGAACGGCAACUGCAGCAUCUCUUCUUCCGACAUCAAGUGCCUGCUCUCCGACAACAUCCGCGCCAAGCUCUGGUGCGCACAAUCCAUGACCUUCUCCCUCUGGGACGCCCGCACCAAGGAGCUCCUCCGCGUCUUCAAUAUCGACGGCCAGACCGAGAACCGCGUCGACGGCGGCGACAAGGGCCAGCAACAGCAACAGCAGCAACAACAUCAACAGCACCACCAAGAGAGCGGCCAAGCUGGGGAAGAAGGUGGCGCUACUCCACAGGAUGCACCGGCGGAGAAGCCGGCGAAGGAGGGGAAAGGGAAGUCGGGCAACAAGAAGGAGAAGGGGCAGGGGUUCCUGCAGAGGUCCCGCAACGCGAUCAUGGGGGCGGCGGACGCGGUGAGGCGGGUGGCGACACGUGGCACGAACGCGUUCGUGGAGGAUCCGAAGAAGACGGAGGCGAUCGUGAUGACGGCGGACGGGAUGGUGUGGAGCGGGUGCACCAACGGGCUGAUCAUCCAGUGGGACGGCAACGGGAACCGGGUGCAGGAUUUCAACCUGCUCAACAAGAACACCGCCGUCCAGUGCUUCUGCACGUUCGGGACCCGAAUCUACGUCGGCUACGCCAGCGGGAUCAUCCAGAUGUUGGACCUGGAGGGACACCUGCUGCAGAUGUGGGUGGCCCACAGCAACCCGGUGCUGAAGCUGGCGGUGGGGAAAGGAUACAUCUACAGCCUGGCGAGCCACGGCGGGAUCCGGGGGUGGAGCACGUUGUCGCCGAGCCCGAUCGACCAGAUCCUGCGGUCGGAGCUGGCCGGGAAGGAGGCGACGUACACGAGGAAGGACCAGUUCCGGGUGCUGAUCGGGACGUGGAACGUGGGGCAGGGGAGGCCCUCGCAGGAGGCCAUGAUGUCGUGGCUCGGUUCCACCGCGGGGGACGUCGGGAUCGUCGUCGUCGGCCUCCAGGAGGUCGACAUGGGUGCCGGGUUCCUCGCCAUGUCCGCCGCCAAAGAAACUGUAGGACUGGAAGGGAGUGCAAUUGGGCAGUGGUGGCUGGAUAAUAUUGGGAGGGCAUUAGGGGAAGGCUCUGUUUUCGAAAGGAUGGGAUCUAGGCAGCUUGCUGGCUUGCUCGUCUCUCUCUGGGUGAGGAAGAACAUGAGACAGCAUGUUGGGGAUGUUGAUGCUGGCGCUGUUCCUUGCGGGUUCGGACGAGCCAUCGGUAAUAAGGGAGGGGUAGGGUUGAGGAUAAGGGUGCGAGACCGGAUAAUGUGCUUCGUGAACUGUCACUUGGCAGCACACUUGGAAGCGGUGAACCGAAGGAACGCAGAUUUCGAUCACAUCUAUCGAAACAUGGUGUUCGGGAAGCCGACGAUCCCCAACGCUGCCGCUGGUGUCUCCUCCUCCUCCCACACCCUUAAGUCCGAUAAGAACUCUGGUGGGGGUGGCGGCGGCAGCAAUAGCAACAACAAUGGCUCGUCCGAGGACACAAAGCCAGAGCUGUCUGAUGCAGACAUGGUUGUGUUCUUCGGGGAUUUUAACUACCGCCUGUUUGGGAUAUCAUAUGAUGAGGCCAGGGACUUUGUGUCUCAGAGAAGCUUCGACUGGCUUCGAGAGCGUGAUCAGCUCCGAGCUGAGAUGAAAGCUGGGAGAGUUUUCCAAGGGAUGCAUGAAGCCAUCAUCACUUUCCCUCCUACUUACAAGUUUGAGAGAAAUGUCCCUGGAUUAGGAGGCUAUGAUUCUGGGGAGAAGAAACGUAUACCUGCAUGGUGUGACAGGGUUAUAUUCCGUGAUACUCGGCCAGGUUCAUCUACUCCGUCGCAAUGCGAAUGUAGCUUGGAGUGUCCUGUCGUCUCUGCAGUCAUCCAAUAUGAAGCUGUCAUGGACGUGACUGAGAGCGACCACAAACCCGUGCGAUGCAAGUUCCACAUCCAAGUAGCUCACACAGAUAGAUCAGUGAGGAGGCAAGAGUUUGGCGAGAUCCUGAGGACGAAUGAGAAGAUCCAAUCGCUGUUGGAGGAAUGCCGAGUGGUCCCAGAGACAGCUGUCAGCACCAACAGCAUUGCCCUGCAAAAUCAGGACACUGCCAUUCUCAGGAUUGCCAACAAAUCUGCAGCAGACAAAGUAGUGUUCAGGAUCUACUGUGAAGGCCAAGCCAAUUUCAAGGAUGAAGGGGAUGAAGCCGAGUAUCGCGCCAGAGGUAACCAUGGCUUCCCCCGGUGGCUCGAGGUCACACCAGCAGCUGGAAUAAUCAAACCUGACAAUAGCAUCGAAGUCUCAGUGCACCAUGAAGAAUUCCACACACUAGAAGAUUUAGUAGACGGCAUCCCACAGAACUGGUGGUGUGAAGACACCAGAGACAAAGAAGUGAUCCUUGUAGUUGUUGUACAAGGCAGCGGCUCAACAGAAGUCGCAACUCAUCGGGUCCAUGUUCGGCACUGCCUCUCGGCCAAAACUCUGCGUGCUGACUCUAAAUCAGGCUCGCGCAGAGGUCAAAAAAGUGAUCCCAAGCAACAAAGCGGGUCAUCAGAUGCAACUGAUGAUUCUCGAAGUUCACAAAAGCCUUGAGGGAAGGAUCUGAUACUUUUUUUUUGCAGAUCUCUGAGUACUUAACAAGCAUAGCAUAGUACAGAAGCAUUUAGAAUGCAUGGGCAAUUUCUACAGGCAGCAAACAGUUCUCAGUCUUGGUGUAAAUACUCAUGGAGCAUUUACUCUCUUACAAUUGGGUUAGGUACAAACAUUUUUACUUCUUUAGUCUGCAUAUACUGGAAAUCAGGUCCAAGUUUUGAAGACUAUACACUCCUUUUUCGCCCCUGCUUGGUUCAUCUUUUUGAAAGCUAGGAGCUUUAUAGGAUUAUUCUCACAAUUUCACCAACUUCGAUCUAAUUAAGUCAGAAAUAUUCAUACAGCAACCCUCUUUCGUUAUCGGAAAUUCACAGUUACGAAAUGCUGGUAACAGCAAUGUAUAUGCAUCUAGUGCUAUAAAUGUUGCUGACAUGCAACUAUAUGCAAUGGCUAGUACUCACUUUCUGUUCUAUCCUAUAGGCUGUCAGCAAAAGAGAUGCAUGUAGACGUGUAACUCUCUUCUGUAUAAUUAGCUUCAGAACAACUGAACAGAAUUUCAAGAACCAAGUGUCCCUCAUCAUGUUAAACAUUGAAAAAGAACAAGAGACAAAAUUUGCAGCAAUGAAAAGAAAGCAUUCGUAAUGAAAAUUAACGGUAACU